CGAAUUCAACCCUGGUUCUUUUGAACUCUUUUGUUUCUUCUAUCACUCUCUCUCUCUCUCUCUCUCUCUGAGUCUUCGAAAUAUCUCUGUUGUUGAUUCUCUAUUCUCUAUUUCCUUUCCGAUUCCUUUUGGAUCGGACGGCUUGGUUCAUCGAAGGCAUUUGCCUUGCAUAAUGAAGAGGCCCAAGGGUAAGGGAACAUCAAGGGUCUCCAAAGAAGCUUUGAAGCCAGUGGAUGAUAGAAAGGUUGGGAAGCGAAAGGCUGCCAUCAAGGCUGACAAGGGUAUCAAACGACCGACAAAGAAAGAAUUGAAAGCCUUGAAAGAUCCCAACAAACCUAAGAGGCCUCCGAGUGCUUUUUUUGUCUUCCUUGAGGAGUUCAGACAGGAGUACAAGAGGGAAAAUCCUAAUGUGAAGGCAGUAUCUGCAGUCGGAAAAGCUGGAGGACAGAGGUGGCAAUCAUUGACUCAUGAUGAAAAAGCGCCCUAUGAAGCUAAGGCGGCUAAGAGGAAGGCUGAAUAUGAAAAGCUUAUGAGGGCAUACGACAGCAAGAAGGCUAGUGAAGCUGAUGACGAAGAAUUAGAGAGGUCGAAAUCUGAAGUGAACGGCGAGGAUGAGGCCAGUGAGGAGGAACAUCACGAAGACGAUGAGGAGGACGACGACGACGAAGAUGAUGAAGAGGAUGAUUAAAUUAGAAGCAACUUUCUAACAUUUGCAAUAGCCAACCCAGCUGCUAGAGGGAGGGAGUAGCUCAUGUAUGUUCAUAUCUUCAGUACUUGCGUGCUUUCUGUUCUUUUGUAUUUAUGUGCAAAUGAUAAAGUGUUGUAUGGCACUUCCGCAAUAUUACUGUUUAAAUGGUCUGCUCCACUCGCAUCGCCGUUGUCAUAAUUUGAUAAAAUCUUUGGCUAUUCUGGCCUUCUGAUAACC